UGAACGCGACCUUUUAGAAAUGAGCAACUCUCAUGCACAUCACGAACAUGAUCCAUUCUCACCGGGGUCAGCGUUGUCUAGGACGCAAUUUCCCCUCACCUCGAGUCUGCCCUGAUCCCCUUGUUCAAGAUAUCCUUUGACUACACCUGCGUCUCUUCUUACCAUCUUCCUCAUUUCUUGAGUAUGCACUUGGUUUGCGUCUUUACGUAUAUUGCUUCUUGUCUUUUUGUUGCGCGUGCGUUCAGUGUAACUGUUGGGACACCCACUCAAUGCGAUCCUCUCAACAUUUCAUGGACUGGUGGGCAAGCACCAUUUCAGAUACUCUUAACUCCCGUUCGUUGGCGCUAUCGUCUCGAGCGCGUCGAUCGCGUGCUAAUUUUUGUGCUUUCCAGUCUUGGGAAACGUAUCAGAAUUAUUCUGUACCGCCAUCAGCCUUCAGCAAUGGCAAAGGCUCUUAUUCAAUACCGUCAUUGUCGUUAUCGACGGGCACAUCGUUUCUACUCACUAUGUCUGACGCCACCGGAUUUGGUUCGGGCGGGACGACAGACGUGUUAUUUGUCGGCAACCCGAUUGCGAACAACAACUGCAACACUACAGUUUUGUCAACUCCUUACAUGUGGCAGUUGUCGCCACUCCCGCUGCUGCAAUGCAGUCAAUUCACCGUUGCGACUGAUAGUGGUGCAGUCCCGCCCAUUACUAUUGUGCAACUUAUUCCUGCCGGACAACCAGUCGUAUUCAAUUCGAAUAGCUACACUUUUACAUCGGCUGUAGACGUUAACACGGGAACGAACCUCCUGUAUUUUGUCACCGACUCUGAAGGCAGACAAGGUGGUAUCUCUGGGUUCGAGCAAGUCUCAGGGUCGAGUAAUUCCUCGUGCCUGAGUGCCAACUCGCCGUCAACCACUGCAGGCAUAUCGGCCACAGCCACGUCUACAUCCACCACCACGGGUUCACUGACAUCUACAACUCCAACAAGUAGGUCGUCAAGCAGCAAUGUCGCUCUUAUCGCAGGCGCUGCGGGAGGCGGUGGUGGCGGGGUCCUUAUUGCAUUAGUCAUCCUCGGCGUAUGUUUGUGGCGUAAACGGAGAGCGUCUCACUCUCCAGACGUUCAGUCUUCUAUAACAAGCUAUCCGCAGGGUAACUUCGUAACUACCCCUGUCUAUGGGGAUGCUCGAAGUUCGACUAUAUCAUCCGCUUACAACCGAAUGUCUCAACCAAUGUCACCAAAUUACCCAUUGCAAUACCCCGUUGGCUACCCUCCACCUAUUCAAUCCGGCAGCCAAUCAUCCCCUCUUAAUACGUCUACUGGAAAUUUCACACGCCCGAACGCAGACUUUGCUGUCUAUGGAGACGCUCGAAUAUCAGAUAUGACACCCGUUGAACAUAUGGCCGCGGGGGCUCGACCAGCAUCGCCAUUACCACAGAAGACAAACCCUGUCUAUCUUACUCCACCCACACAAGACUUCCAUCAGAGCCCUGACACAGACAGCUUAGUUGUUCACGGAGCAUCUGGAAGUCAAUCUAUAGGGUCAGCCAGCGCGCAAACAGCCUACCAACCUCCUAUUCGAAUCAUCGUGCAUACCGACGCUAAUGAUGUUAUGCCAGGCGAUAAUGGUUUAAUUGAACUUCCGCCGCAGUAUUCAGACCAUUGGGGAGCCCGUGCCUCGUAAUCUGAGCCUGCGUCAUGACCUACGUUCCCACACUCUUGAGUCUUCGGACAUGGGUAUACCAGUAGCGCGUUCGUUUGCGUAUGGUUUUAUUUCGUUUGAGUGUCUUGUCUUCAAUUAUGAAGUACAAGGGCAUCGUGCUCCUACUUUUCCAUGAUACUAUAAAAUACGAUAAGACAGUGAGUGUAACAUGUUGCAUAGACCCGGCGGCUUCAGGCUGAUCACUAAGAGUCUGAGAUGUCACCGAAGCUUCGAAGAGAUCAUAGUGCUGAAUGUGAAGGUCAGGUUAUGAGCCUAGGAAAUCAUCGUAAACAAAC